UAGAUUGGGUUUUUAAGAGCCCACACUUUCACUUCUUUUUCUAUUUCCCUAUUUCUUCAACCUUCUCCUUUUCGUUUAACCUAGAAGCAACAUUUAUGUUGGAGCCGCCACUGUUAUUCAACCACGCCGCUCCUUCAUACUCCUUCGCACUGAAAUUCUUCAAUUCCUCUUCACCGUUCAUCCUCCUACCGUAAUUCUCCAGCUUCCUCUAUCCAGGUUGGGGUGUGAUUACGAGCUUAAAUUUGAAGCACUUAUUUGAAUUUAAGUUGAAGGUUAUCAAAAAUUCGUGUUUAUAUUUUGUUUGCCAGCCACUAUCAUGGCUGUUCAAUCAACAUAUCGUCUUAUUACUUACUCACCAGAGAUUAUAGAUGGAAAACCUAUAUUUGUUUCGUCGAAUUCUCUUCCGUUGAAGGUGUCGAAAUUUGAGCCGGCAGGUCAUUCUUUUCAUGCUGUAGCGCUUAAACUGCGCGGUGUUAAGAAAGAAGAAGAAAACAAAGAAGCUGAUGUUAAGAAAGUGGUUGAUGAUAAGGAUCAGGCUUAUUUGCCGUCUGAUUCUUAUAGUAGUAAGAGUAAGAAGAAAUCUGGUGAUGGUGAGAAGCAGCAGCAAGAUCAUUAUGCUUUAUUGGGGUUGAGUCAUCUUAGGUAUCUUGCUAAUGAGGAUCAAAUUCGGAAAAGUUAUCGAGAAACUGCGUUGAGAUUUCAUCCGGAUAAGCAGGCUUCUUUGCUUCUUUCGGAGGAGACUGAAGCUGGGAAGCAGGCGAAGAAGGAGGAGAUUGAGACUCAUUUUAAGGCGAUUCAGGAAGCGUAUGAGGUUUUGGUUGAUCCUAUUAAGAGGAGGAUUUAUGAUUCGACUGAUGAGUUUGAUGAUGAGAUUCCUACCGAUUGUGCUCCACAGGAUUUUUUUAAGGUGUUUGGUCCUGCCUUUAUGAGGAAUGGGCGGUGGUCGGUUAAUCAGCCGAUUCCGUCUCUUGGUGAUGAUAAGACUUCGAUAAAGGAUGUUGAUGGUUUCUAUAAUUUUUGGUAUUCGUUUAAAAGUUGGAGGGAGUUUCCUCAGUCGGAUGAGUUUGAUCUCGAGCAAGCUGAUUCUCGAGAUCAUAGAAGGUGGAUGGAAAGGCAGAAUGCAAAAUUGUCUGAGAAAGCUAGGAAGGAAGAGUAUACACGUAUCCGUACUCUUGUUGAUAAUGCUUAUAAGAGGGACCCUAGAAUAUUGAGAAGAAAGGAAGAGGUAAAAGCAGAGAAGAAAAGGAAAAAGGAGUCCAAGUACUUGGCAAAGAAGUUGGAGGAGGAAGAAGCGGCUAGAAUUGCAGAAGAGGAGAGACUAAGGAAAGCUGAGGAAGAUAAAAAAGCUGCUGAAACUGCUUCGGCUCAGAAGAAAGUGAGGGAGAAGGAGAAAAAACUCUUGCGGAAGGAGCGAACACGCCUUCGAAAUCUGUCUGGACCUAUCUCGUCAAAACACGUACUAGAUAUCUCUGAAGACGAUGUAGAAAAGAUUUGCUUGUCAUUUGAUAUGGAUCGGUUGAGGGGCUUGUGCGAGAAAAUGGAAGGAAAAGAGGUAUUAGAGCAGGCAGAAGCUCUAAGAGAUGCACUUAGUAACAAGGAAGAUGGUUGCAAGAAAGAUGUGGCUGAUGACAAAAGUACUCAACAAAAUGGCACUGUCAAGGCUAAUGGAAACCUUAGUUCUCUUGCUGGCUACGCGGAGAAAAAGGAGAAACCUUGGACUAAAGAAGAGAUCGAGCUUUUGAGGAAGGGAAUUCAAAAGUUUCCCAAAGGAACUUCAAGGAGGUGGGAGGUUGUUUCAGAAUAUAUCGGCACUGGAAGAUCUGUUGAAGAUAUAAUGAAAGCAACUAAAACUGUUCUCCUUCAAAAGCCAGAUACAGCCAAAGCUUUUGAUACAUUUCUCGAGAAGAGGAAGCCUGCUGCACAAUCAAUUGCUUCUCCACUGACCACCAGAGAAGAAUUGGAAGGGGUAUCCAUACCUGCCGCAACACCUGAAAACAGUACUGCCUCAAAAACACCGAUACCAGCCGCAACUCCGAUUCCAACAGCCACACCGACGGCAACUACAAAUAACAUUAGCUCGGAAGACCCUCAAGAAGUUUCUGAAUCAGACGUGUGGUCUGCAGUGCAGGAAAGGGCACUAGUUCAAGCAUUAAAAACCUUUCCAAAAGAAGCUAAUCAGAGAUGGGAGCGAGUAUCUGCUGCUGUACCUGGGAAAACUGUGAAUCAGUGCAAGAAAAAAUUUGCCAUGAUGAAGGAAAAUUUCAGGAACAAGAAAACUGCUGUUUGAAUUAUCAUUCAUUACCCAUAUCUGUGAAAUUUUGUCCUCGUGCUUGUUAGAUUUUUGUUUACCGCAACUUAAACAGAAUAUGGGUUGUUACUCAAUCUUAGGUUAGGUAUUAUCUUGAUCAUUAUUAAAACCAAUAUUAUAUCAUAGCGUCGGAUAUAUGUACCAUUUUUGGUUUAAGAGAGUUUUGCUUCUUUAAUUCCGUGUUGUCUCAUUUAUGUUUCCAGCCGAAAGGGAUGCUUUUGUAGUUUAUAUACUUGCUUCUUUAGCUUUAUAUUUAUGAAAUAAUUUUGUCUGAAGUUUUCAA